GAGGAAUUGGUUUUCUGUCAAAGAUUCCGAAGUCAGACGGGAGUCAAAAGCGAACAAAUUGCUGACAAUGACAUUCUUCCUUACCUCAGCACCGGGUUGACCGCAGAAAGAGUUGCCAAUGCUUACUCUUUUUUUAAUCCUCAACAAAGAAUUUUGGUUAAGGAAAUUAUCAACAAACAAGCCAUUUUUGCCGGUCGAACCUAUGAUUUAAAAACCGACAACGGCUUAAAAAAAGCCCAAGCGGCUAAACUUUUUCUACACGAUUUUCACAGCCAAAAAGGCACUAAAUUUGAAAUCGAUGACAAGAGAAUUUUAGAUUAUCAGGAAGAUGAAAAGUUCCUGACCAAAUUCGGAUUAAUAAUGGCAAAAGAGAAAUUAAUGUCGGAACGGGUUGAUGAGACUACGAUUGAGAGAAAGAAAC